CACACGCCUGCUCCGCUUACAUGAUCCACAUACCGCAUCCCAUGCUACGCACGCCAACCCCGCCACAUGCCACGCGUGGCAACCCCGCCACAUGCCACGCGUGGCAACCCCGCCACAUGCCACGCGUGGCAACCCCGCCACAUGCCACGCGUGGCAACCCCGCCACAUGCCACGCGUGGCAACCCCGCCACAUGCCACGCGUGGCAACCCCGCCACAUGCCACGCGUGGCAACCCCGCCACAUGCCACGCGUGGCAACCCCGCCACAUGCCACGCGUGGCAACCCCGCCACAUGCCACGCGUGCCAACCCCACCUCCGGCCGUGCCAACCCCACCUCCGGCCGUGCCAUGGCCACCUCCGCCCGUGCCAUGGCCACCUCCGCCCGUGCCAUAGCCACCUCCGCCCGUGCCAUGGGCACCUCCGCCCGUGCCAUAGCCACCUCCGCCCGUGCCAUGGGCACCUCCGCCCGUGCCAUGGGCACCUCCGCCCGUGCCAUGGCCACCUCCGCUCGUGCCAUGGGCACCUCCGCCCGUGCCAUAGCCACCUCCGCCCGUGCCAUAGCCACCUCCACCCGUGCCAUAGCCACCUCCACCCGUGCCAUGGGCACCUCCACCCGUGCCAUAGCCAGUCUGUCCUGUGGUUGAUCCUGGAGUGUAGGAUUAGGAGACGCGUGACGACACGGCACAUCUGUCAUCGGAACAUGGGGGAAUGAAGGGGCCGAAGAUCAGGGCGUGCCAUGGUGACUAAGGCGCUUACAGCCUUAAUCACAAUAGGGUGCCGUGGGACCGUAGAGAGACCCGUGCCACGUCAGUCUCGACCCAUUAACUGACCAGGGGACAGACGCAAUCAGGCCGGGAGCUCGGCAUCCUUCGGACUGACGUGAUUCGAGGACCUUUGACUCCGCAUUGGUACGACCGGAGUGACCGAUGACCCGCAUGCAAACACACUUUUUACAUGAGCAGUUGCCAUGAAGUGCUUUUGCAGGUACUGUAAACCCAAAGAGCAAAGCCACAGAACUGAUGCCUGGUGGCAUCUUUAGGCAGAAUCGAGAUCAGCUGCAGAACCGUGUGGACAAGGACAGGGGUGACCGGGUCGGCUGUGGCCUGCGACAGGGGGAGGCAUCAGCCAGAAACUAGAUCUGAAACCCAACCAGGAGGACUUUGGACAGGGACAUUUAGGAUUUGUCAGGCCAGGUAGUCCUGAGGCGUGGUCCAAGGGCUUAGGUCUUCCUAAGGUUCAGCAGGACCCCAGAACAAUUAAAGAGGGAUACUUGACUCCAAUGGAUACUUAAUUCAGAGAACAUAAUCCAGACUGACCCUUGACCCCCGUCAUAUGAAGGAAUGCAACGUGAAUGCUGGGAAUGAGACAGGACAGACUGACCCUAAUCUCCCGGGCAAAAACUAUUGCAGCAUAAGAACUAGGGGAAUGAGGCGGCCAGAAGAUAACCCCUGACAGAACCAACCAGGCAGGAAAGGCACGUCCCGACCCCCUCCGCAUUCCUCACACCAAGACACCCUUACCUCAGUCGCUCACAGCCACGCCCCUGCUGUUGUCUGCCACAGUUUGACAGGGGACUGUAGGGAGCGGUUCUUCACCUGAACCCACCGAGUCCUCUCCCAACUACCCGCUCUCAAUAUGACUUCCUCUCCUUGAAUAAAACAGGAGUAGAACAGUCUCUGACUGCUGUCUGUGUGUUCCUCUGUCUGUCUCUCUGAUUGCUGUCUGUCUGUGUGUUCC